AUGAAUUCUAAAGAACGAUCAGCUAUUUUUCAAAAUAUGGUUGAUCUAUACAAAGAAACAUGGAAAGGCAAAAGUAAACCAUUCAAAAUAAAUGAUCCGAAGUUACUAAAUAAGUAUAAUUUAAAUGAAUCAAAUGGUGAAAUUCAAGCAAAUCGAUUUAUAACUUCACAACCAAUCGAAUUCAUUGAUGCUAAUGGUCGUAUUCAAUUUAACAAAAGAAAAUUGAAUGAAUUACCUUCAUUCUUGAAUGAAUUAACAACAAAUUUAGCAAUUCCAAUUAUUGCUCAAGAAGUGGUUUUUAACUAUACAUUUAUGCGUAAAGUAUUGAUUUUAUUAUAG